UAUAGGGAUAACGAGCAAUAAGAGGAUGAAUGGAGCUAUUUAAAACAGCAGCAGCACUUAUUUCAAAAGCAACUAGUGAUUUUGGGUAUAAUUUUGGAGAGAAAUUGGAUGUUCCAAAUGAUAAUUUUUGGGAGCUUUAUGAUGGGACACGAAAGGAGGACGGAGUUCGGUGUAGUAUAUUUGUAUUUAAUAGAGGAAAAGGGGAAGAAAAGUGGGAGAUGGCACAUAAUGCAUUAUGUAAAGUGAGAACAUUACAUCAUCCAUAUAUUAUUAAAUAUAUGAGUGGAAAAGAGGAAAGGGAGAAGGUUAUGAUUGUAACGGAGAGGGUUAAACCCUUAAGUAGGGUUAGGGUAGAUAAGGAGAUGAGUAUACUUGGGUUAUACCAGAUAUCAAUGGCGCUUGAAUUUAUUCAUUCAAGUGCGAUAUCUGUUCAUGGGAAUAUUCGAAUAUCAUCGAUAUAUGUUAAUGAAAAUGGAGAAUGGAAGAUUUUUGGAUUAGAAUUGUUUAGUUUGAUUAAGGAUAAGGAGGGUAUUUUAUAUACACAUGGUGGACGUAUUGCAGAUUCAUUUAAAUAUACAGCGCCAGAAAUGCAGUAUAAGUCAUGGAAAUCAUUGAAUGAAACAUCAUUAGAAACAGCAAUUGAUGCGUAUAGUUUGGGCUGUUUGAUUUAUGAAAUAUUCAAUGGUACAUUUAGAAUAUCAUCUGAUUUAAGUAAAAGAGGGAAAAUACCUCAAACGUUAUUUAAUACAUAUAAGAAGCUUUUGAAUCCAAAACCGACGCAUCGACUAUCGGUUUCAAGUUUUAUUAAAUAUGGACGUGGUGAAGGGGGUUUUUUUCGGACAGAACUUAUUGAAUGUUCAGAAUUUUUAGAACAAUUUUCAUUAAAAGAUAAAGAACAGAAAAAUGCAUUUUUAAGACAAAUUAACGAUUCCAUUGAUAAAUUUCCUAAAAUGUUUCUUAAGUUUAAUGUUCUUCCAGGAUUAAUAAGAUUAUUUGAAUUUAAUGAAGGAGGGAACAAAGCAUUUUCAUUAAUUUUAAGGAUUGGAAAUCUUCUUGAAGAAGAAGAUUAUCAAUCUUUAAUAUCACCAUUUAUAUCUCAUAUGUUUUUGAAUCAAAAUAAGUCAAUAAGACUUUGUCUUCUUGAGAAUUUAUCAAGUUAUGCUAACCGUAUAUCAAACAAAAUAAUAAAUGACGAAAUAUUUCCAAAAAUGCUUUCUGGAUUCAAUGAUACUUCUCCCUUGGUACGCGAAGAAACUAUAAAAGCAAUGCUUUUUAUAGUGCCAAAAUUAUCAGAACAUAAUAUUAAUGAUGAAUUAUUAAGAUAUCUGUUAAAAACACAACGUGAUCAACAACCUGAAAUUAGAACUAAUACAACUAUAUGUCUUGGGAAAAUUGCAGAACAUAUUAAACCAAGUAAUCGUCAAAAAAUUUUGAUAUCAGCAUUUACAGGAUCUCUUCGAGAUCCAUUUGUUCCAGCACGAAUAGCUGCUUUAAUGGCUCUUGGAGCAACUUAUAAUAUGUUCGAUGAAUCCAAUUGUUGUAUAAAAUUAAUUCCAGUUAUAUCACCAAUGCUUAUAGAUAACGAAAAAUCUAUUCGAAUACAAGCAAAAAAAACCAUGGAUUUAUAUUUCCAAAAAGUUACUAAACUAAUUAAUGCUCUUGAUAAUACAUCAGAAACUGCUGAUUCGGACAUGUCAAAUAUUAAUAAAUCAAAAAUGAAGCCUGAUUCAAAUUCUUCAUUCUCUUCAAAAAAUAAAAUUCAAGUUAAUAAACAAAAAAGCCAUUAUAAUAAUUCAAUUGAAACGAAACGUGUUUCCAAAACGAAUCUCCAUACAUUUAAGACAGAAAAUACAAUAAAACAAGCCAAAGAGAAUGACUUAAAUGACUGGAAUAUUAUUAAUAACGAUAAUACGUUUGAUUUAUUAACAUUUGAUGAUGGGAACAAAGACAAAAAUAAUAUGAAUAAUAAUAAUUUCGAAACAGACAAUAAUAUAAAUUUUGAAUGGAAUCAAAAUAUUUGGGAUAACGACUGGGAUACCGAUGACGAUGAUAAUUGGAAACUUAACGAAUAUUAAAUAACAAUAUUUUUGUUAUUACAGAAACAAAAAAAGACACAAUUAUUCAAAUAAAUACAUUAAAUCAAUAUAUAU